GCGGACUUCAGUAUCCCAGGCUGCACUGGUGCACCUGUGACUGGUUAGGCAGAGCCCAUAAUUCUCGGAUUCCAUGCCUUAAAAACCCAUGUUGAUGCCAACGUCGUUUUAUACUACAGUGUGACUUCAAUUUGGGCAGCUGCCUCCCGUCAAUCCGGGACCACAGACAUCUGAAGAAGCAGAAGCUUCCCCACCCCUUUCUCUCGCUCUCUCUUUCUCUCACUCUCUUUAUCUCCCCCUACCCUCUCCCUUUCUCCCUCGUUCUCCUCCCUCUCCAGAGACAUCUGGCUUUUGAGCAACCACAGUCUUCUUACCUGCUGACCUUCCAUCCCACACGUAGAGGGAGAGAGAAAGAGAGAGAGAGAGAGAAAGUAGAGCUAUGUUUCACCUCCGUGUCCCUAUCUUUGCCGUGCUGGUCAGCCUGACCGUGGGUCAGUACGAUGACUACGACUACCAGCCAGCCUCCCAGUACGGCCCGUCCAGCGCCAACUGUGCCCAGGAGUGCGAGUGCCCCAUCAACUUCCCCACCGCCAUGUACUGUGACUCCCGCAAGCUUAAGUUCGUGCCCAUUGUGCCCUCAGGCAUCAAGUACCUGUACCUGCAGAACAACCUGAUCGAGGAGAUCAAAGCUGGGGUCUUCGACAACGUCACGGCUGACCUCCGUUGGCUGGUUCUGGACCAUAACCAGAUCACCAAUGAGAAGGUGGCCAAGGGAACCAUUGACAAGCUGACCGGCCUUCAUAAGUUCUUUUUCAGCUCCAACAAGCUGACUGAAGCAGUGAUCCCUCCCUCCAAGUCCUUGGACGAGCUGAAAAUGAUGAACAACCAGAUGUCCAAGUUCCCCGCAGGGAGUCUGGCCGGCAUGCAGAACCUGACCUCGGUCCACCUCCAGAACAACGAGCUGACCUCUAAAUCUCUUAACGGGGUCUUCAAGGGCCUCAACUCGCUGGUGUCCAUAGACUUGACCAACAACAAGCUGAAGAAGCUGCCCUCAGGCAUGCCCAGUUCGCUGGAGACCUUCUAUGGUGAUUACAAUGAGAUCAACAGCAUCGCCGCCGGUGACCUCAAAGAGCUGCCCAAGCUGGCGUACCUGAGGUUGGCCUACAAUCAGAUGACAGAUGCAGGGAUUCCAGCAGGCGUGUUCAAUGUGACGAACCUGAUUGAGCUGGAUCUGUCCUACAACAAGCUGCAGUCCAUCCCUGAGAUCAACGAACAGCUGGAGCAUCUCUAUCUGCAGGUCAACAGGAUCAACAAGUUCGACCUGGGGAAUAUUUGCAAGUUCUCUAGCCCGCUGAACUACUCCAGACUGAAGCACCUGCGUCUGGAUGGGAACAACAUCACACACGCCGACCUACCCCAUGACUCCUCCAACUGCCUGCGUCAGGCAUCUGACAUCAUCUUCGACUAAGGACCAUCCCCUCAUCCACGAGUCUCCCUCUGUGACCCUCCCCCUGCACUCAGAUUAUAUGCCCAAUAUGUUUCUUUAUUCUAAGUGGAAUGUUAGUGUGGAUAAUAAAACCGAGUGACAGUGUUUGCAACGACCCUAAAUACGUCUCCUUCCCCCUACCGGCGAAAUUGAGGUCACCCCUGCCAACUCAUCGGUAGUCCUUUCUGUAAACACAGACUUAGAAAUAACAAACCAAGAAAGGUUAGAAAACCCUGGAGAGACCUUUUAUUUUGCAAUGCAUCAUGGUCUUCUCAUGACAACCAUAGGGUAUUUUGGCCAUAGCAAAUGGCUGGCCUUGUACCAAUAGUUUUACCCAAAUCGGCCACAAUAUAAUGUAACGGUGCCUCAUAAAAAGCACUUCAACUGUACUUGUCUGUACUUUUUUCAAAAAACUGAUGCAUUUUCUUGUGCAAAAGAGACAAUAUAGGAACUUAGUGAUUCCUAAAUGACGUGCUUUUGAUGAAAAAGCAGCUCACACACUUCAAACAUUCCAAAGUAGUGGCACGUUGUUUUGAGACAAGUACAUUGAGGAAUAUUGGAAUAAAUAUCACUUCCUCUAUUUUAUGUUUGUCUGUUUGUUAUUAUGUUUUUUAAAGGCUUCUUUUAUUUAGUCAGUACACUCCAAGAAUCAUAUUGCUGUGCAAAAGACCUGCAGGUAAGGAAUAGGAGUAUCUAAGAGAGCUGUGUUGUGUAUUCUGGUGUAAUGUCUACUGGGGAAAUAUUGAACAGUGGAACACUUUUGGAACCAAAUUAAAGCUCAUAUGUCAUGCCAAAAGCUAUGGCAUAUUACCCAUCUUUCUGUAUGAAUGUUUGGGGGAAAGUAAAAAUAAUAAUCCUUAUUGACAAGAUUAAUAGGCUUGACACUGAAUAGCUCUGCUGAAGUAAUUUACUGUUAUUAUGCAGUUAAAUAAGAGUCAAUCGCCCAUUCAUUGCAGAUCACUGUUGUUAUGCCAACAUUUAUACAACAUUUGCAUUGCUUGCAUGCAUCUCAUGGUAACUAUGUAUGAUAAUAAAAGCUAGCAUUUUAAGGUUACCUUGUUUGCCAUGUUUGAUAUGUGCUUUUGCCCGUAUAGCUUUAUCAGAAUAACAACAAUUUGUUGUGACGCUAACUUCAUCUUGCUCUAAUGUUGUGGCAACGUUGGCAGAAUGUCAUGUGCUAUUAGGGCAGAGUAUAUCACAGGAGGUUGGUGGCACCUUAAUUGGGGAGGAUGGACUCGUGGUAAUGGCUGGAGCGGAAUAGGUGGAACGGUAUCAAAUACAUCAAUCACAUGGUUCCAGGUGUUUGAUGCCAUUCCAUUUGCGCCGUUCCAGACAUUAUUAUGAGCCGUCCUCCCCUCAGCAGCCUCCACUGGAGUAUAUCCGGAUUUAUUCUCAUCAUGGCUUUUGACUCAGUAAUCACUGGUGAAUUUACUGUGAGGACAUAAAAUACAUUUGAAUAAACUACAUUUCCAAUA